AUGGCCUGGCUGCUUGGCAACCGCCUGGCGUCGCCCCCCCCGGCCCCCCCGCCAGGCUUGGAUGCCAGCCAGAGGGGAGGGCUCAGCCUGCGUCGGCAGAGGGAGCGGGCGCAGAGGGGAAGUGUGGGGCCGUGGGGCUGGCAGGCCAUGAAGCAGCGGGACAGGAGCCCCCACCGGAACAAGCCGUGGAAGAAACUCAAGAGCAUGGUCCACUGGUCGCCUUUCGUCGUGUCCUUCAAGAGGCGCUACCCAUGGGUGCAGCUGGCCGGCCAUGCGGGGAAUUUCAAAGCCGGGGACUACGGGCGGAUCCUGAAGAAGUUCUGCCCGCGGGAGCAGCAGUGCCUGGAGCGCCUCAUGCGGGACUCGCUGCGCCCCCACGUGCCCGCCUACUUCGGGCUGGCGCAGCGGGACGGCGAGUGCUACAACCAGAUGGAGGAUCUGCUGGCCGCCUUCGAGACGCCCUCCAUCAUGGACUGUAAGAUGGGGGUCAGGACGUACCUGGAGGAGGAGCUGGAGCAGGCCCGGCUGAAGCCCCGGCUGCGCCGCGACAUGUACGAGAAGAUGGUGGCGGUGGAGCCGGGGGCGCCCACGCCCGAGGAGCGGGCCCAGCGCGCCGUGCUCAAGCCCCGCUACAUGCAGUGGAGGGAGUCGCUGAGCUCCAGCGCCACGCUGGGCUUCCGCAUCGAGGGCAUCAAGAAAGCCGACGGCACCUGCAGCACCAACUUCAAGAAGACGCGGCUGCCCGAGCAGGUGGUGCAGGCGCUGGGCGACUUCGUGGACGGCGACAGAACCAUCCUGACACACUACCUGGGCCGCUUGAAGGAGCUGCGGGCGGCGCUGGAGCAGUCCGAGUUCUUCACGACCCACGAGGUGGUGGGGAGCUCUCUGCUUUUCGUCCAUGACCGGACGGGGCUGGCCAAGGUCUGGAUGAUCGACUUCGGCAAGACGGUGCCGCUGGCCGGGGGGCAGACACUGACGCAUCGGCUGCCGUGGGUGGAGGGGAACCGGGAGGACGGCUACCUCUGGGGGCUGGACAAUCUCAUCGCCCUCUUCAGCACCAUGGCGCAGGACUGAGCCGGGACCCCCAGCCCCGGCUCUGGGCAAUAGCCGGGCACUGCCGUGCGGUGCCCUCCCUGCCUCUUAUUUAUACAGCCAGAUAUGCUACAGCCCGUCCGCCCGGGCCGGCUUCCAGCGGCUCGCACGGCCCCGCGCCGGGGCCAGGAUGGGGCAGCGCCUGGCCCGUCACACAGACGUCAGGGCACCCGGUUUACACCAGCUAACGGGAAGGGGCGAGAACUGGUCCCGUCUCGGAGCGGAGCCACUUCCCGCUCAGCUGUUCGUUCCCCGGCCCAGCCCGAGGGAGAGCGAGGCCGGGGGAACCCUGGGAAGGCCGAGAUUGGCCCCCGGCGCUGGAGCUUCGGGGCGCUCGACGGGAGACCCCAGCGUUUCGGGGGGCACUGGCUCAGCGAUCCUGCACUCCAGGCCCUGGCAGUGACGCCGGCUGGAACCGAACGGGGCCCGGAUCCUCUGGGCCCCUCUCCUGUUCACGGCCCAUUUUCCUUCAGCUGGGUCGGGGGGGGGGAGGCCUCCCAGCCCCACUUCCUGCCCCUGCUGGUAUCAGAGCCAGCCCCACCAGCGGGCUGCUCCAGAGGACCUGGUCUGCAGGAAGCUGCCCGUGGGCGGAGCAGCAGCUCCACGUUACCGAUUCAUGGGAUGGUAAAUUCAAGACACUUGCAAAGACUUUUUGGCAAUAGCGACUGGGCCCUGGUGUGGUGGGCGGCUGUGGGCUCUGGCGCGACCCUCCCGGGCGGCAGGUCGCCCCCCAGCUGCAGGGUUCUCGGCCCUUCCCCUGAAGCAUCUGUGGCCCUGCUGGAGGGGCGGAUGCGGCCGGCGAUUUCCACCCCCUGCACUUUCUUCUGCUGUGGCAAGGAGCCUCCGCCGGCCCGUGGCCGGGAAAUGAGAACCCCGAGUUACUGCGAAGCUUGCACCCGCCGCGGGGAGCUCAGGGGUUGCCUGUGGCUGAGUCUAUCCUCACCCGGGGGUGGUUUUCCUGGCGGCUGGAGAGCUGGAAAGCUCGGCCCGUCUUUACAGGGGUCUCGGCCCUUUGAGAACCAACCGGGACGCCACCUCCCCUGCCAGCUUUGUGUGGUUCUCCUAGCCCAGCCUUGGGCUCGCCCCGGGCUCUCGCCAGCCGCGGGCCACCUCUGUGCCAGGCUCCCGGCCCAGGGCGCGGGACGCACGCGCCGCACCUGAGUGACAAGGGCCCGCGUGAGGGGCCUGGUUUCCCCUGGCUCUGCCGCGCUCUCAGUGCCUCGUCUGCGUGAGCAUCUCACGGGCAGAACCAAGCCCCCAGGAGCCGCUUCCACCGGCGCCAGCUCCAAGCCUGGCCACUCUGGGGAGCGGUUUCCAAGGCAGGAUUCAGGAGCCCCGGCUCCAUUAGGCCCGACCCAGGGCACUGCCAGUAGCUGCCUGAGCCGCUCAGAUCUGCCGCCCCUGCCGGGUUCAGCUCGGGCUGAGCACAGACUCCCUGCACGUAGGAGCUCAUGGGGAGGGGGGCAGGCGGGUGCGGGUCAGGGGCCCAUCCUGCUCCCCACUGGCUCGGGCCCAGGAGCGCAGCGGGUAGCCAGCCAGGCGUUCGCUCCAGGCCCUCGAGUGCUGCACAGGAACCAGGGGGGACGGGCCCUUCCAAAUCCAGCCGCCUGGGGCUCUGGCUGCUCUCAAUAGCGCUGGGUCACACGGGCAGGGCGCUGGAAAUGCGGCUGCCCCGGCUGAGCCACCGGCUCCGAGCCUUUGGUUCCAAACUCGGAGAACAGCUGCCAUGGGUGCUAGUCCCUGCCGGCUAUUCCCGCAGCGGAACUGACAGCCGAGAUCUGGGCCCUGUGGGGCCGGGCGCUGCACGCACCCCGGGAGAGACAGUCCCUGCACCAAAGAGCUCACAGUCCAAAGGGCGGGAGGGGAAACCGAGGCACAGAGCGGGGCAGAGGCUUGCCCGGGGUCAGUGGCAGAGCUGGGACUGGAACCCAGGAGGCAGCACCCAACCCACACGACCUUGCUGCCCGAGGCUGUGAGCGGGUCAGCUCCUGGGGGGAGGGGGGUUCUGAACAGGUCCCCCAGUGGCAGUGCAGCCCUUGCAGCCAGUGGAGCGAGGGAUGCUCCUGCCCCCUGCACGCAGGCAGGGCGUUCUCGGGACCGAGCGUUGUCCCCGGCCCAUUCCUCUGUGUGGGGCUCUGCCGCCCGUCUGGAGCUGGGCACACGGCCAGGCCUCUGGGGCCGGAACCGUCACAAUAAACAGAACCUGCCGGUGUGGAAACCAAA